AAGUCAUCAUCGCCGACCUUUUCUUCGCAAUAUACCUCACAGUGAUAUACUUCACUAUGCUCAUCGUUGCCGGGUCCGUGGGUAAGCAUGUGGUCUGUGUGUAUGGCAAUCUAGCAUGUCUAGUCUCCGGUCUGUUCCAUACAUACGCGGCCUUAAGGGCUGCUAUUGACAGAUACAAGGCAUAUUUAGCUCGCAUGUCCCGGCCGAUGAGUGUCGCAUUUUGUCCCGCCUGCUCCUGCAAGUCGAAUUACCACAUUAUGGAUGGCGAUCAGGAGACGGGUGUGGCUGUUGUUAAGAUGUCGCCCGAACUCAUCGAUGCCGAGAGUGAGCCUCUCAUGAGGGUUGAUAGUACUCCCUUUCGAGCUUCCGAGGACACUGCGGUCAGCCUAGGGAGUGAGGUUACUGUAGAGACGUUUGAUGGGUCUUCGGAAGCCGUACAGGCAAAGUGAACCAGUGAAAAUACUGAAUUUCGGGAGUAUCAGUGAGGCUCGUCAAUGUACGUCAGAUAAUCCGCCGUUUGUGUUGAAUGAGGAAAGGGUGGAGCAUAUCAUCUAUCGACAGGAUACUCUGCAGGGGAACAGGCGAUUAUUGAUUGGCAUGAAAGUGGGAACCUAUACCAGCACUCAAUCCGUGGAAUUCUAUUACCCGUCUGAGGCGCAACUACAUAGUCCCUCGUCACUUAUAACCGUUCAAGGGCCGACUUUGAAACCUUGAAAGCCUUCGUUCAACCUCUACCACCUUGAUCUUGGCGGUUCUGUCAAAUGCCAACGCGGCCUGCUUGAUCU